AUGGCCAACGAGCGCGAGAGCAAGACCUUCCUCGCUCGCCUCUGCGAGCAGGCUGAGCGCUAUGACGAGAUGGUCACCUACAUGAAGGAUGUGGCCAAGAUGGGCGGUGAGCUCUCGGUUGAUGAGCGCAACCUGCUGUCGGUCGCCUACAAGAACGUAGUUGGCACCCGUCGUGCUAGCUGGCGCAUCAUUUCGUCUAUUGAGCAGAAGGAGGAGUCCAAGGGCGCCGAGAAGCACGUCGCUGCCAUCCGCGAGUAUCGCCACAAGAUUGAGGACGAGCUCGAGAAGGUCUGCAACGAUGUUCUUGAGGUCCUUGACAACAACCUGAUCCCCGCCGCCUCUACCGGCGAGUCAAAGGUCUUCUACCACAAGAUGAAGGGUGAUUAUCACCGCUAUUUGGCCGAGUUCGCUUCGGGUGAGAAGCGCAAAGCUGCCGCUACCGCUGCCCAUGAGGCUUACAAGAGCGCGACCGAUGUUGCUCAGAGCGAGCUGACCCCCACUCACCCCAUCCGCCUGGGUCUUGCCCUCAACUUCUCCGUCUUCUACUAUGAGAUUCUCAACUCUCCUGAUCGUGCCUGCCACCUCGCCAAGCAGGCCUUCGAUGAUGCCAUUGCUGAGCUUGACUCGCUUUCGGAGGAGUCGUACCGCGACAGCACUCUGAUUAUGCAGCUGCUCCGCGACAACCUCACUCUUUGGACCUCGUCCGACAAUGGCGAGCCGGAGCCCGUUGCCGAGCCUUCCAAGGAGGAGAAGCCUGCCGAGGAGAAGACGGACGGCAAGACCGACGAGCCUGCUCCCGAGCAGCAGUAA